ACCAGCCACCGUAGGUGAAGGAAGUGAAAAAGGUGUCAGCUCUCACGCCCAUACGGAGCUCUGCAGCUGCUGUUGGUAUCUAAAAGUAAACGGGACAACACUAUAUUCAUUUUCACUCAUCUUUAUCGGAUGAAGGCGGUGUUUUGGGACAAAGAAUGGCGUCCAAGGUGGUUUAUUCGCAUAGAGACCCAAUGCUGAAGAAGAGAGAUGACUUUGAGGACAUGUUGGAGGAAAGGAGAACGGGCAGUGAUCUAAGAUAUGCGCUCAGGUGUUACACUCCUGCCCUCUACAAAGGACUGACUCCAUGCAAAGCCAGCGAACUCAAAAACAUGGUGCUGCAGUCUGAUCAGCUGCAUUAUGUCAUCAAUCAGGUCUCCAAAGAAACGGGCACGCCAACAGAUGAGAUCCAGGCGGAGGCGGCGGCCAUCUUGGAGGAGAUGGCUCACCGCUUGCAGCUCAGCACGAUCCGCUUCUUUGCUUUCACUCUCUGUAAAAUCUUUAAAACUCUGUUCAGGAGCAUCUGCGUCAACGAGGAGGGCAUCCAGAGACUUCAACAGGCCAUCCAGGAGCACCCAGUGGUUCUUCUGCCAAGUCACCGGAGCUACAUGGAUUUUCUUCUCAUGUCAUACAUCCUGUACACCUAUGAUUUAGCUCUACCAGUCAUCGCUGCCGGCAUGGACUUCAUGGGGAUGAAGAUCAUCGGGGAGAUGCUGCGAAUGUCGGGGGCUUUCUUUAUUCGCAGAUCGUUUGGUGGAGACAAACUCUACUGGGCUGUUUUCUCAGAAUACGUCAAGAUCAUGCUGAAGAAUGGGUUUGCACCGGUUGAGUUUUUUCUCGAGGGCACGAGGAGCCGAACAGCCAAAUCCCUGACUCCAAAGUUUGGCCUGCUGAACAUUGUGAUGGAUCCUUUCCUUAAAGGAGAAGUGUUCGAUGUCAGUCUGGUCCCGGUUAGCAUCAGCUACGAGAGGAUCCUGGAGGAGGCGCUCUAUGCAAGAGAACUGCUGGGUGUCCCGAAGCCCAAAGAGUCAACCUCAGGUCUGUUUAAAGCCAGGAAGAUCCUGAGUGAGGACUAUGGCAGCAUCCAUGUGUAUUUUGGUCAGCCUGUUUCUGCCAGAAGUUUGGCAGAAGGCAAAGUUAAACGCUCUCAGUUUAACCUAAUACCCAGGCACAUCCCCAGGAAGCCCACAGAGGAAAUCCAAGACUUUGUCAACGACUCGGCCUACAGGCUGGUCCGAGCCCAGGAGGAGAGCAUGGUGCUAAAGCCCUGGGUCCUUCUGGCUUCCCUGCUGCUCCAGAACCAGGCUGCUGGGAACAAACAGGGAAUGUCAUUGCGAGAGCUGACUGAACAAGCUGUGUGGCUCAGGGACCUCUCCCGGCAGUUUGGAGCCUUUCUUCACUGGCCUGACCACAUUCCUCCCUCCAAAGUCGUCUCCUCCAGCCUUUCCCUCCAUCAAGGCCUUGUGAGGAUCUCUGAAGGAAGAGUACAACUAGCUUUAGAUCAAGCAGGAGGUCGGGUUGAACCAGGGUUGCCUCAGCCGGCCAUUACGCCAGAGGACGCGCUUUUGAAUCAAGCAGUUGUCAUCCUCUCCUGCGCCUCCUACAGGAACCAGGCGCUCCACGUCUUUAUCCGACCUGCUCUGCUGGCCUCCGCUAUCCACUCUGCUUCUGUCAACGAGAAACAGGAGAUCUUCAACACCUUCAGCUUCUUAAGGAACAUGUUUUCUGAUGAGUUCAUCCUUUGUCCUGGAGCUGAAGUACAGGACUUUGAAGAGGCUUGUUACCUUCUGGUGAAAUGUGGAGCCCUGCAGAUCCACCAGCAGACGAUUUUGGUCACAGACAGAGGUCAAAGGACACUCGCCUUUCUCACAAGUAUUCUGGAUCCUUUUGUGCAAGGAUAUCAGAUGGUUUGUAGGUUUCUUUGCGAGGCUACAGAAUGUCUGACCGACAAACUUUUCAUUCCCGCUGCUCGGAAGUUCAUCAUCAAACAUCUUCUAACAGGGAGAUUAAAAUAUGCAGAAGUUUUAUCAUCGGACCUCCAGAAGAACGCUCUAGCUGCUUUGCUGAGACUCGGAGCUGUUCAGAAACUCAGAGGAAGAGGGGGGCCGGCAGCUCUAAAGGUCAACAAGGUGAUGGUGAAUUCUUUGGAAGACACUCUGGGAGGAAAACUGCCCACUCAGAAGCCCCUCGUUGCUCGCCUUUGACUCAGCCACGUCGGUCAUCGGAGCGGGCGAU